AUGGACGGGUUUGCAGAAGCAAAUCUUCUGCUCAGCAAUGCAUUGGAACAGUUGGAUGACAUCAUCAAAAAUGGUCGGUCUUUUAUAUUUUUCUUGGUUCAAUGUCUUCUCAAUCUUUCUAUACUCCUUUCCGAUGUUUUUUUUUCCUUUUCCAAACUAUUUAAGAAAAAUGUGAAGUCUAAUUUUAUUUCAAAAGAUCCUGACUCCGUAACUGAAUGGAAAGAAUUGGACGUUUGAUAGUGAAACAAAUGCGACAGCCAAAAGUUCCUUAGAACUGAGGGACAACAGGUUUCUGCCCGCCAAAACGUUGUUUGAAUUGAAUGUUGUUGCGCUUUGUCAUUUGGCCACUAACACAUGUUUUCCUAGAACUUUUUGUCUUGUCCUAUUUUAUUACUUUAUUUAUAUGUAUUUUUAAGUUACUACGAUGCGAAAAAAUUUUUUUCCGGAUUACUUUUUAUCAAGAGACAGGAACCAAAUCAAUUGAGCAGACUUUAUGAAAAAAAUAUUUCAAUUCUCCAUUCUCACUAUAUAGUGAAAUGAAAAAACUUUUUUUUUUUGUAAAAAGGUGCCCUCAAAAAGAUGCUCGAACAUAUGCAUAUGUUUUUUUUUAAAGGACGUUCAUAUAUGGAAAAGUGUCCGAACCGCGUUUGUUUGCUUUCUCAAAAGUUUCUGUCCCCACAAAAUUGUUUACGCUUUUUUCGCUAACUCUAAUUUGAAAAAAUAGUCUUUUUCAUGUUUAAUGACUUGCGAAAUUUUCAUUUGUCACUCACAUGCCAGUGAUAUUUUGGAAAAAAAAAGCAAUCAAAAAGAAACGGAAUUUAUUUUCCAAUUUCUCGGCUUAUUCGAUUCCCUCGAAAGCGGCCAAAAAAUGGGAGCUCUUGAAAAGCCUUGGAAAAACGGUGUCAAAUGUCCUUAAUGCUGACAAACGUUCGACGCAUCUUCUUUCAGUUGAAAUUCUUUAGCGAGCGUCAAAUGAAAAAGAAAAAGAAACCAGUUUUUUGGCUUCGUGGUCCAGUCCUAUCCGAAUAUGUAAUAGCUUCCACCUUCAUUGACGGCUAUUUCAUUCAGAAAUGUAUGACUUCAGUGCAGGAAUUCAUAUAAGCCCUUUCCAGAUUUUUUGAUGUUUUACUGUAAAAUUUUCCAAUUUUUCUUGCGGAGCGGUCACAUGAAAGUUAAGAUCGUCUUUUUAAUUUGCCUGUUCGCUCUCAAAGAGUCUCAUUACUUGGAGCAAAAAAACUCCUUCCAGGUCUUUAUUGAAAUUUUUUGAAUACUCUAAUUUACGAAAAAAAUGAUCUUUUUUUCAUUUUUUUACUUUUUAAAAAGCUAAGAUACAAAAAGAAAACCUGUAAUCCCAAAAAAAUUACAACUUCAAUUUCCAUAGUAACAAAAUCAAUGAACAUUUUUUUACCUAUAGAAACGUCGUCCUAACCCUCAGAGUGAAUUCGCGACAGAUUUCCCGUUUAGCGACUCGGACCACGAGUGGCGUCUUAAGCACUCUUAAACGGUUUAUUCUACGAAUUGUUCAUUUUGUUUGCAGGCAACGGCCGACCCGCGUCUGUGAUUAGCGAUCCCACGCCGGCUCUUCAAAACGGUUGCGCCAAAAAGAUCAUCAAGAACAACGGAGUGCUUCGGCGAAACAGCAAUAUGAAGGACCGCGACGACGGUAAUUUGAUUCUUUUUAAAUGAGAAGUUAAAGAGCAAUGUUAUGGAAAUAAAAAACGCGUAGAUUGACUUUGUUCAUAAUAACAUAAAAACGUAUUUCAGACAUUGAUAAUGGAAACGCGGAUGACGAAAGAUCAACAAAAGAGCUAGCAAACCGCAACUGGAUGACCAGCGAAUGGAGGACACGUCGAGGUAUAUUAUCAACUUGUUCACAGACCAGUGAGAGCCCUGAAGACCUAAAAUGGAAGGGAAAAAAUUAUUGAACAGUUAAUCAAUUGUUUCUUCAUUUUGUGAAUCUUUUUUGAAAAAAAUCAUAGUUUCAGAGAUUCUUCAAUUUCAAAUUUUAAGUGCACAAUGUAUAGCUCAAAAAGUUUUUCAAUUUUUUUUUGGUUAUCUCAACUUCCUUCAUUUGUAGAGCUCAACUCAGACGAAUCUUCUGGAGUCGAGUCACCGCCAUCAGACCUACCAACGUCUUCAUCUUCGUUGUUCAAUCCUCCAAAAAUCUACCAAGAAUUCGUGAAGGUAUUUUUGGAAGCAUUCCUCAAAGGUCGAAGUUGCAUUUCAGGCCAUUGAAGACCAUUUGAUCACUGAGAGGCCCGACCUUGAAACGCGUCUCAAAAUUAUGCAGUGGGUCGCCGGAAGGACGGUGAGUUCUGUUUUCUAAUUUUUUUUCUGCAUGAGCUGUUUGUUUGUUUUUUCCAUUGUUGUUUUUGAUAUCUCAUCACAAGUUAAGCUUUUUUUCAUGGGUUAGGACAUGUUCAAUUCUCUUGAAAAGUUGCUGCUCACAUUGACCUCUCAAGUUAAUCCUUGCAGCUCUCAAAAGGAAGUCAUUAAACUCUCUUCCUGGGAAUUUUCUGAAAAUGCCUUUCGACUCUACAGAAAAGUUUUCUGAGUUGACAAGCUCUGCUAGCAAUUUAACAAGAAAGUAGAAAAUUUUUCUUCGUAUCAAAACGAAGCUCAAAACUUUGAGAUAAAUCAAUGAGCGUAUUUUUUUGUUCAAAGGGUUCCCAUAUUGAUCGUCAUCUUGAUUGUUAAGCUAACCUUUUAAAAUUUGCUUCAAAAACGUUUUCAAAAAUGUUCAAAAAACUUUUAGUUCUUAGAUGGAAAAAUUGAUGAAGAAGUUAAAGUAAUGUUUCUGGAGCGAUAGUCAGCCAAAACAGCGAGUUCAGAGCAUUGCAGGAAUACAAGAGUCUCAAUCAAACUGAUCUCUUCGAGAAUUGCCGAAAAAAAAGAAAGACAAAAACGGAAACCGCUUUUGAACUCAUUCAUUCAUGGCGGAUGACACCAUUUAGCGGGAAAGUGUUUGGUCGGGUCUGCGUGUUUAGGGAGAGCGUGUCUUUUGCGAUGGAGUCUGGAAGAGCCGAAGCCCAUGGCCCAACAUAUACCCUUCCGAUGCUAACGCAAUUAGCGGUCCAGCAAUGUCCUCGCAGAGCCAGUUUUCCCAAACGCUUCUGGCUCCUCCCAUUCCUAAGCCGAUGCUACCGAAAUCGCCAUUACCUUGUUUUUUAUUCUCACGUUCAAAAAAAAAACUCGCUCGAACUUGUUUUUUACGAUUUCCGGUGAUCUUUCUCGAAGAGAUUAAAUCUACAAAUAACAGUACUUUACUAUUGUCAUCGAUAUAUGAAGAAAAGCUGGCGAUUAUUUGAAUUUUUUUCAAAUAAUCCGAGUUUUUCACAUUUUUUUCAUAAACCUUUUCUAAAGGUAGUUAAAAAAAUUCUAUCAUAAUAAAAAAAGAGCCUUGAAUGUGAUUAUGCCAAACUGCCUCUACAGGUAAGGCAACAUACUUUUUGAAAAGCACUCAAACGUUCGCAUAAGGUUUGUAUUCCCUUUUCACUUAGUUUUUUUUCUCUUUCCGCUGAAUUUUUCUUGCUGAAUAGUUUCCUGCUAUUCUCGGCACAAGUGGAGACUAUUUUUGUCACUGGGAUAAGUUCUGUAAUUUUUUCGCUUUUUUUUAUAAAAGGAUACCAACUAAGAAAUUAAUUUAGUUCGCAAUAAUUUUUUUUAUGUUUUGCUCGUGGAAAUCUCAGCUCCGAGAAAGUUUUCUCACUCAUCACAGUAUUAGUAACGGUUUUUUUCUACAGAUUUAUCGGACCUCGUUUCGAAAAAAGUUUUUCUUUUUAGCUAUUCAUGAAUAAUGAGCGAGCCUCCUUGUUUCCCAUAUAUCAUUUUCUUUCUAGGAUAAAUUCUGAAGUCGUUUCCUACCUGCCAUAAACAUUUUCACCUCACGCAACCCUCCCACUGAACUUGAAUUCAUCAGUUUCUUCUGCGAACCGAAGAUUGCUGCCACUUUGGCGCAGAUUAUGACGGUGACAGCCUGAUUGCCCUAUAAGAAUAAUUGUUGGCGGUUUCCUGAGAAAGGCCAGAAGUGGCUGGGAUAUUGUCUGUUAAGUGUUCUGAGGCGCUAUGUACAUUGACGUCUUCCGUGUUCUCUCUUCUGUCUUCCCAUUUUUCUCCUCAUGUCAUUUGUUCAUCUUUGGCACAAAUUUCAAUUUUUUCAAAGAAUGAUAUUUUAGGAGGGCUGCACCAAAAAAACCUUUGAACAAUGCGGAUCUUUGCCAGAUUUUUUAUAUUUGCCAUCUGUCGCCGCUAUUCAUAACAUUACAACAAUUCUUUACGCUCGUUUUCUGUUGCCGUUAAUUUUUUAAGUGUGUUCGUUGUAAAGUUAAUUUUUAAAACGCAAAUGAGUUUCCGCAUUGUAGAUGUUAUAAUGAGAAGUUAUUCACAAUUUUUUCAGUUUUUUUGAAACUCAAAUUCUAAUAAAUUGGUUCCGAGUUGUUGAAGUAAAAUGACCUUCGAGUAGAGUAAACGCAGAGGAUCAAAACCAGCUCUCAAAAAAAUUGACAAAAAAAUAACUUUAGCGACCAACGGUGAAGUCCAUAUCAUUUAUUUGUAUAACAAUUUUUCGCUAUAUCAGUUCAUUAUAACUACAUUUUUCAAAUCAGAAACUCAAAAUAUGGCUGCAAACCAGGAGUUAAAUAGCAAAUUACGUUUUAAUCUCGAUUAUAAAAAUCACAGCCAGUUACAAAAGUUUCAUGACAUAAAAAUAGUCCGAAACUGCAAAGUUUUGUAGAAAUACUUUCUCUAGUAACCUCUAGCAACAUUGUUUUUUUUACUACAACACGGACAGAACAACGUAAAUCGGCCAUUCAGUUGUGGCCGACGGCACAUGCGGUGCUGAAUAUAUCUGUCGACUCGGCGGCGCCUCCCUCAGCUCAGAAGUUUAGAGUGAUUGAUCCCGGCGGAUGGAGUGGGAACAGUUGGCACAAGGAACAUUGUCGGUCGCGGAUCCUCUCUCGUCGCAGUCAGCUCCGGACAAAGCCACCCUCAACUAGCUCAUCAUCUCGACUCCUACAUUAAUGACGUCAUGUAUUCAAACCGUGACUAUGUUGACUACACGGCCAGUGAUGACCACAUUUCUUCGUUGACCGUUAGUUCGCAUAACAGCCAAUGCGACUUCAGAAGCAGCGGAAGUGGGAAUAUCUUCAAAGAACCUGUAAGGUACGCAUUUUAUGCUUUCCUUUUUGUUGAUCUUAAAAAUUCUGCUACUUUUUUCUUUUAGUAUUGCUUUUCUAGUUCAUAACCAAUGUGUAGAAAAAAUUUGGAUAAUAUUUGAAAAAGGAUCAUUUUGCGUUCGAUUUGAGUAUAAUAAACGAAAUAAGUUUUGAAAUUUUUUAAAAUUUUUUUAAGGAAUUUUUUUUAACAAAAAUCAAUUUUUCAAAGAUUUUGGAAAAAAAAAUUGCAAAAGAAUUUUUAAAUAUUUUCCCAUUUUUCUUGAAAUGACUUCAUUUCUGUGAGAACAUGUCGAGCUACUUUUUCAAAAAGCUAUGGUUAAAAAUUUAGAUCUCACCUCUCUUUUUUUUUACUAAAGACAGCAGAUUCCUAUUUUCGCUCGUGUUUUCGGCUUUCUCUAGUUUGGAAGAAUGGAGAAGUGCUUGAUUAGCGAGAACCUCUCGGGAAGUUUGCACCAGACUUGCUCCUACAUCAGAAACAACUUUUUGGAAGUUCGAGCCGCAUUGAAUUACUGGCACUUCUCAUUAAAGCUUUCUACGCUACAUGUUCUUCACUUUUUCGAUCAGGUCCUAAGCCAUAAGUAUCUUUUCGAUUUUUUUAUAUGAUUAUUCCCUUUAUAUUUUUUUUUACAAAAAUUUUUCAUUAGCAUUUUUAUUUGAGCGAUUCUCUCACAUUCUCAGGAACAUCUCAUGUGUGCCGUAAUUCUUGUCUAAAUGCGAAUUGUGAGCUGGAACGAUAUUUGGCAGAAUAAUUACCUUUUUUUGCUCAUUUUUCUCUUCAGGAAAAAAAGCCUCUCUUUGCUCCCGUUUCAUUUGCAUAUUGAUGGAACGGCUGUAGAUGGCUCGAAUGUGCUCAAUUUCAAGACGAACGCUCUUUUGUAUAUUCGCUAGUAAGAAAAAAAAACAAUGAAAUUGGGUCUGAUGUUCAGAAAACAAGUUGAGAUCAGCGAAUAUCUGGUAUGUUUUGGGUACUAAAAUUACAAUCCAUUUUCAAGUCGUGCUGAUCUUUUUUGGAGCUAACUGUCUUUUGAGUAGUUUUUUUGAUGAAAGCCGAAAACGAGAAAUACCUUUUUUUUCAAACAAGUCAUUCAUAUAGAUUUUGAACAGAUCCUUUACGUUAAUCGGGACAAUGUUAUACAGUAAAUAGGACCAUCCAACAUUAUUUUUUUAACAACUGGACGGUUCAAUAUCAGAUCAACGCCGGUAUCUUCCUCCCGACCUACGCUUCCUUAUGUGACGCACUAUUCGGACUCGGGAUUCGGGUCAGCCUUGUCAGCAGGCUCCAGCUGCUCUUACCUGCCGCCACCUCCACCUUACCGCUUACGGACCAAGCAGCACAAGAUCCAUCGGAGCCUCAGCGACUCCAAAUAUUCGAGUUGUCUUGUUACCGCCACUCCACUGAUGUCGUCCCCUUUAAAUAUGCAGCAGCGUGACACUCGCGGUGGCAGCUGGAAUAGUUUGGUACGAUUUUGCAUGUACCUUUUCUGUCCGAUUGCUUUCUCUUUCCGAUUGGUAAAUCUUUUCAACGAUUCUCUUUUUUUGAUUUUCAACUGAUUAUUUGAAAGUGGAUUUGCAAAGAGUGCAUGUUAAGCGUUGAAGAUCUAACUCAGUGAGUGACUUUUAUUUUCAUAAAAGUUUCAACAUACGAAUCAUCAAAAUGAAAAAAAAAACUUAAUUUUUUGUCAGCUCAAUGCUCUCAGAUUCCUUUUUACACAGCGAACGCAUCUCAAAUCUACUUAUUUAGACAGCCGUUUAUAUUGCCCAAGUUGAGUUACGCCUACUAAAUCUGUUCGUAGAUUAUUUUGGAGGCUUCAAUACUUUUUUUGAAUCUCACUGACUCUUUCUUUCAAUGAAUAAUUGUUUCUCUUCACAGGAUUCAUUUCCAGAGAUUUUUUUCUGUUUUAGAAAUAAUUUUUCACAAGAUGGAAAAUUCCGAGUAAGAUUCCAAACUUUAUCUACUAUUGCCUUUGCAACUGAUGUUUCAAAGUCCUACAGCUUCUGUUGUCAAAUAUUCAUAAUCAGCCAUUCUUCAGGAAGUUCAGAAAGUUCUCAGUUUAAACGGAUGAAAAUGCUUUGAAAAAAUCAUCAAAAAACCUCUAUUUUUUUAAAGAAAUCUCCGUCAGCGGUUUAGCUUUAUGGAAAAUUGUUGCAAAAACGCUUUUUUUCGAGCAAAAAGCCGCAAUUAUUGACAAUGAUGAACGAGUCGUGCUCAGAUAUAUACAGAGCGAUGGACGCGGCGUGACAAGCAUGCGUGGAAUGCGCCAGGUGUAGCCUCGGGCCUCGACCAGAUCGAUAGCUAUCACUUGCACCUCUGUUUUACGGGACUUUUUGUGUAGGAAUUCUGUAGCAGAUCUCGACCUGGAACGCCUUUGAGCGUGCCGUUGAAAGUCGAAUCUGCCACAGUAGCCAUGCACUUGUUCCUUGUUCGAGGACGCUUUUUCGACUCGGAGAAAAAAGAGAAGCACGAAUAUGUGACAAAUAAUGAAAAUAUUGACAACUUACAUUUGCGCUAUAAUUAAUUACCUGUUAUUCAAAAAAAAAAAACGAUUUUACCGCGGCCAUUUCUUCGUUUACAUCGCGCUCUGUUAGAUGGAAUCGGAAAUCUAUAAUGCGGCUUUUGUAGUUCAAAAGUUUAAUGGCCACCAAGCGGGUCCAAAUGAUUGCAUGAAAUUCCCGCCAAUUGUUUUUUUUUUUAUCAUUUUUCGGAUCUAAAUCAAUCAUGAAUCCGACAAUUGUCACAAACGAAGAACAGAAGUUAGUCACUUUUUUAAAUCAAGAAAUUGGCAUAAGUGCCGCAAAAUUACCUCCCUCUUUUAUUUUUAGUGCAGUUAUGAUAUUACUUAAACGGCCAAUAUCCAAAAUAUUUAUUCCCUUUGACAUGAUGGAAAACGAGCUAGAAUUCAAUAAAUUUCAUUCUUUGUGGCGCUGUUUGACGCAUCUAAACUCUGAAAGCUCAAAAAAGUAUCUAACAAUUUUUCAUCGCGUCUUAUAUUUCGUGACGUGUUCAUUUAUCCAAAAUAAAACAUGAUUGAGAAAAAGACCAAUUUUGAAACAGUGUCAGUUUCUUCUAUCAAAUUUUGUUUGUUGAUAAAAGAUUAUACAACUGUGAAAGUUUGAGGACAAUCUUCCAAGGUGGCAUCCAGCCAAUUUCCAGAAAAAAAAACUAUCUGUUAGUUUGAGCGAACGUUCACAAGCGCAACGACAGCUGUUUGGCAAAAAUUUUGCGUGACCCUUGAUUUCUGCUCGAAACUCAUUUUUCAAGCUUUUGACCUAUUCUCUGCGUUCCGCGUUUCGAAUCUGAUUACUGAGAACUUAACAGCUGAUUUUUCCUUUUUUUUUUUGAUCGAGUUUCGUGAUUUUUCUUGAAACACGUAUACUGAAAAUAACAUUCAUCGGUCUUUUUGUUUGAGUACUUUGUAAAUUCAACCUGAAAGCAGAGAUGUUUUCAGAGAUUUUUGUGAUAAUUACACGUCUUCAUGAUUAAAAUGGGCUCAAUACAGUAAUAUGAAUAAGCAAUGGCACAGCGAAGGGCCAAAUCGAAGGUGGAUUUGAUUGUUGUGUUUUUGUGUUAAUUAUCAAUGUCUGUGGUGUGAUUCCCAAAAUAAAGCAUGGUUUUGGUUCAUCUGCAUCUUUUUUCAAACAGAAGUUACUUUCUAAAUUUUUUUGAUUUUGUAGAGCCCUUCGCCUUCGAUGUCCACGGUCUCAUGUCCUGAAUAUCCGGAACUUCAAGAAAAGUUGCAUCGGUUAGCGAUGGCUCGCGACAGCUUGCAGCUGCAGGUUUCAAUUUCAAAAGAAGCCGAAAUGAAAAAAGAACGUCCAGGUGUCAGUUCUCAGCGAGCAGGUCGGUGCCCAGAAGGAAAAGAUUCGAGACCUUGAAGCUCUUCUUGCGCUCAAAAGAAACAACUUGACGUCAACUGAGGAGCUAUUGCAAGACGUAAGAUAAUGAUAAUGAAGUGGUUCCUGUCUUUUUUCAACCUCCAGAAAGUCUUUGAGCUAAUGAAUUCAAAACUCGAAGCGACUUUUUUGCUCGGGUUUUUUUUUUUUGGAAUUUCUCACAAUUCAAAAAGCUAAAAUUGAAAUUAUAACCGUCAAAAAUUGAUACAAAAAAAUUUCAGCCUCAUGUCAUCGUUUGCAGAAAUAUCACCGUAUUGAUGACUGCACGGAGUUGGAAUCCAAGAAAAUGGACUUGCUGGCUGAAGUCUCAUCGUUAAAACUAAAAUUCGCUACUCUAGAGCGUGAGAAAAACGAGACAGAGAAGAAGCUGAGACUCUCACAAGUUGGCUCCCUAAAUAGUUUUGGUAUCAAAUUUGCGACAUUCAGAACGAGAUGGACCACGUGAACCAGUCUAUGCACGGAAUGGUUGUUCAACAACAACUUCAUCAUGGAAACGGCCACCCACCCUACAUGGCCCCGCUCAGAGAGCAUGUCGGCGAAAAACAAGGUUUAUGUUAGAUUAUUGUUGACAGCAAAUUAUUUUCGAACAAUAUUCUGGCGACAGGCGUUUUUGAUUUCACUUCUGCUUUCUCGAACUCCCAGUUCAAUAAGUUCCUAAAAGAUAAAACGCAAAUACUAAAGUUUAAAGUUUUUCUUUUUUUCGAUGAAGACGCUUAGAAUGAGAUUUACUAGGAAAAUAUUGGUGUUUUUAAUUGAUGAUAUGGUUCGAAAGUUGCGGUAAGUAUACUCAGAGUGGAUUUCUCAAAAAAUAAUAUAAACGACAAAAAAUUAAAGAAAAAAAAAACCAAUAAAAAAGUAGUCCACGAUCUGAGACAACAGAUAAACAUGUAGUUUCACUGAAAAUAAAGAUAAAAAAAAAUUUUUUUUUUGCUCAUUUGCUGUGGACUUUUUUGAAGCGUCCUAUUGAGCUUAGCAAUUUUUUGAAUGUGACAAAUGAUUAUUUUCCCUACUUUUUAGCUGUCCUUGUUCUUCACACACCAACUCAACUUUUUGCAUUUCUGAGGAGACCAUAAUCAGACUUUGAACCGAGUUUCUUUUGAUUUGUAGAUGCCGUUAUUCUCUUUACGAGUCUCAUAACUUUGUUGCAAGUGUCUUUCGUAUAUUUUAACGUUUGAAGGGUCCAACUGGAUUUAUGACAGGAGAUAUUCAGAUGAGGAGAUGGCUCAACUGCGGACAGCUGUCCAACGUUUAAUGGUGGAUAACGAACAAAAAAGUCUGCAGAUCUGCAGCCUCCGGAACCAGCUCGACGAGCACAUGCGCAGUCGGGUAAAUACAUUUGAAUCUCUCUUAGAGUUUCUAUUACUUACUUACUUACUUAGAUACUUAGAUGGUCCAUCUUCGCUUUCGACCUUUUAUUGCCUUUUAGUGCCUUUUAUUGAUCGAAGCGUGGACCACACGUUUUCCAGGAGAUCUUAUGCAAUCGGUCAUCCAGUGUUGUCGUCCUGGUUGACUGGUAUUCUUGCGAAAAAGUUCCAUCCGUGGUGUUGAACGUGUUAUAGCAUAAUUGUGGUCUUAUUAUCCUUUUUGCCUUGCCAGGGCUAAAAAAGACCGCCCAUUCUGUUAGCAGAAGCAAGCCGAAUUGCGUGACCGGUGUACCGUUAGCCGCCAUAAAUGGCGUUGCCUCCCCAUCACCGCGUAGAGGUGGUACUUGAAGAGUUUCUAUUACUGAAAAUAAACCUUAUAACGUAGACUAGACGAUUUUUCUGGAUUUCUUCUGUUUGCUUUUUUUUCUCCUUAAGUGGUGCCGUUUGAAUUCUCAAAUUUAUUUAUUCAGUCGCGAGAAGAUGACUAUUUCCAAGCUCAUCGAUGGAACGAACAGCCCCAAUUUGACGUCAAUGCACAAAUUCGGCGGUUGCUUCUCGUGAGUUCAAUUCCUGGUGUGAAUGAUUGGAAACAAUCGUCUUGCAGGAUGAGCCUGUGGAAGCGAUGCCUCACUCCACAUCUUUCCCAGUAAGCUUGAGCUCAACAAGUACCAAUAAGAAUCCUCGAAGUGCCGUUCAGGUAAUUUAUUUUUUGUAGAGAUAUAUUUUUGAGUUCUGAAAUUUCCAGUCUUCUUCGUCUUUCACGUCAUCGUUAUCAGCAGCUUCUCCUCAGCACAGCUGGUCUCAAAGUGGAACUCCCCGACAUCUUCAUGCAAUCAACGCCAACCCACGGGCUGAAAUGUUAUCGUAAGUAUCCCAAGAAAACCCCUUUUGUUAUAGUAUGUGUGCCACGACUUGAAAUUUAACGAAACGACAUUCCGCUGCGUGUUUUCGCGGAGCGUCUUUCGAAUCUAGCUUACGCUUGCAAUUGAUUGUUGAAGCUGUGAGAGCACAUAAAAGUAGAGAACCUUGAUAGAAGAAAGAAAAAUGGAAAGCGCGACUACGGCUCGCAAAGGCGCACAGCGGCACAGCGGAAUGUCGUUCCUUGAAAUUUCAAGUCGUGGCACACAGACUAAAAGUGCUCAAAAGUGUUUCAUCAUCAAAUCUGAGCCAUGUAGAGUCAAUUUUUCCCUAUUUGAAGGACGAGAAAGACUGAAAUAUUGUUAUUCCAGAUACCGAUCUCCAUCUUCUCCUGCAGCUAGGCAAUUGGCUGCGGAACUUGACGAACUUCGCCGGAUGGGAGCUGACAUCAACUCGUCCCAAUCUUAUUCGACUGCUAGCCUUCCUCGAGGCAUGGGAAAGGUGAUUUUUUAUACAGAAUUUGAGAUUGUUCAAUCUUUUUAGGCUUCCUCAACACUGACUCUUCCGGCUAAGAAGCUCUCGGUGGCUUCAGGUGCGUCGGCUGGUGAGUUGAGAACGGCUGCUUCCGUGUGUGGAGCAACGCCGCGCCGCGGCUACCGAGCGCAGAUGAACCGGUGGAUUUCGGAAAAGUUGGGACGGAAAAAACGAGCUAUCAGCGCUCCCAAUCUAGGUGAUACUAUGUGUGCCAAGGACUCUUUUUUUAUCAGUGUAUUUAUUUGUUGGAAAAUUAACUUGUCUAACACUAUUUGUCUCCAAGAUUCAAUUGAUUUAUGAUACCACUGUGUGUACAAUCGUACAUUGUUUAACCGUAAUUUUGCUGACUAUUUUUUAAAAAUCCUCUUCGGUUUUUUUUUAUACUGUCCCACGUUUCAUAACCAAAGUCAUCGGUUCACCUGUCAUCGGUACGUCGCUCACAGUUUUUCUUGGUUUCUUUUUUUAAAACUAACGGUCUUUCUGGGCUGUAUUAACCCUAACGCGUCAAUGUUUUAGUUGAAUCAGACGACGAAGUUGCUCGCGGCAGAAACUCGACGCUCAACUCUCAAUCGUCCUCCCAGUCAAACUUGAAAAACUUCAAAAGAGAUCGGACAAGGUCUUCCUUGAGAAACAUCUUCCAAAAACUCACGCGGUCUACCUCUCAAGAUCAAAGUAAUGGACUUGCGUUCCGGCGAGGGAGUGCUGCCAGGUUUUUUUUUCGGCACUAGAUAAUUUUAUUAUAAGAACAUUUUUCAGGUCUACUUCCUCUGCUCGUCUUGGAGUCUCAGGUCCUCUGUCAGGAGCCAUCGCCAUGCGGCCGCCACUCUCCCAAUUUGUGGACUGGAGGUCAGACCAGCUGGCUGAAUGGAUUGCGGAGGUAUCAAGUUAUUAUAUGAACACUUGAGAAUGAACACAAGCUCAGGUCGGAUUCCCGCAGUACUCGCCAGAAGUAGGUAAGCAUGUUCGAAGCGGUCGCCACCUGCUCAAUAUGACUCCUGGAGAAGUUGAAUCGGUUAGUCCGUGACAAUUUGAAUCAGAAGUGGUUACAUACAAUUCAGACGCUCGGUAUGAAAAACGCGUUGCAUCGGAAACGCUUAUCAUUACUGUUGCAAAGGAUAGAAGACGACAUUGUAGAGCCUUCAUCUAAAUGGGAUGUUCAUCAGGUUUUCAAUUUUCUAAAUGUUCUUUGAAAUCAGCUUUUUCAGACAUUAAAAUGGUUAGAAGAAAUUGGUUUGCCGCAGUACAAAGACACUUUCGCGGAGAAUGUUGUCGAUGGAUCUUUGCUCCUGGCUUUGACGGCCGGUGACGCAGUUGAUGUUAGUGAGAAAGUUGAUGCAGAAAAAAAAAGACUUUCAGAUGAGAAUAACAAAUGCUCAUCACUACGCGACUUUAGCGCGGAGUAUUCAGUUCUUAAAACUAACUGAGUUCCGAUUCAAUUCUCUGGAGAAACGAUUCGACCCGGUAUCCAUUUUUUUAAUAUUUUUGAUAUUCAUCUUCAAUUAAGGGUACUGUUAAUCGAUAUCCAUGCCCGGAUGUUGUUGUCCGAUGGUCUCACUCUGCAACUUGUGAAUGGUUAAGAAAGAUAGAUCUGGCCGAGUUUACGCCAAAUUUGCUUUGUGCCGGAGUUCCUGGCUCUCUGAUGGUGAGACCUUCUUUUCUUGACGACUUGAUUGAAUCUUCCGAUUUUAGGUUUAUGAGCCAACCUUCACGGCUGAGUCUCUGGCCGAAAUUUUGCAAAUGCCACCUCACAAAACUCUGUUGCGACGACAUCUCACCUCGCAUUUCAAUCAACUUCUGGGUCAAAAAAUAAUCGCCGAAAAACGGGAAUUCUUAUCAAAAGGCAGCUUUCCGCAAGUCUCUCCAGCAUCUAGAGUUAAGGUAGGAACGAGCAAGGAAAAAUUCCUUUUACUCUUUUUUCUUCCAGGUUGUUCGAAAAGGAUUCUCAUUGACGCGAAAGAAGGCGAAAAACGAGAUUUGUCUGGAACCUGACGAGUUGCUUUGCCCUGUGACACUCAAUCAAAAAUAUCCUCUCGCGGUAUGCUUCAAAAUCAGAGACAUCGACCAAGACUCUCGAAAAAUUCAAUAACUCUGGACAAUUUCAGAACGGCGAUACGAGCUCUAUGGAAUCAUCCCAUGUUUGA